CGAAACUAUAACAGAAAAUAUCGUGGGUUAAAAGGUCAAUAAAGUAUCGUGGAACGAACUUACGUGAAAACUGUGUCGUAAACCGGCCAAUACCUUGAAAAUAACGCGUCCGAUUCGGAUCGAGGUGAUGUUUCUUGGAAUUCCGAAUUGAUUGUGACGCAAGAGUACGACUCGAAACGUAUAGAAGGGGGCGACGGCGCGCGUGUUUUCUGGAUCCGCCCGCGGUAUCAGGUCUCGAAUGAAAGAAAUUGAACCCAAAACGUCGUUUAUCAUCACGGUACGUUUAGGUUAAAUAUAUCAUGUUCGGACUAUGCAAUCGUAUUUUAAAGUGAUAUCAAAUGUACCACCGUCGUAAUAUUUUUGUGACGACGCGAGGCGACAUCUGUACCGUUCCCUUUGCAUUUCGUUACGACGUACGUAAAUGGCUAACGGCGAUGAGAAGUGGUAUUUUUCGAAAGAACGACUCGAAAAUUCACCCUCACGCCAAUGCGGAAUCGACGAGAGCAAGGAAUUGUCUUAUAGACAACAAGCUGCCAAUUUUAUACAGGAUAUGGGCCAAAGACUUAAAGUAUCACAAUUAUGUAUCAACACGGCAAUCGUCUACAUGCACAGAUUUUACGUCUUUCAUUCCUUUACACAUUUCUAUUGGGCUUCGAUAGCAUCGGCAUCGAUAUUUUUGGCGGCCAAAGUCGAAGAACAGCCAAGAAAAUUGGAACACGUUAUCAAAUACGCAAAUUUAUGCAAAAAUCCCCAUGAUACCCGAAUAUUCGAAAUAACUUCCGAAAGAUACCAAGCCCAAUCGCAGGACUUGGUUUUUAACGAAAACAUACUGUUGCAAACGUUAGGCUUUGACGUCGCCAUAGAUCAUCCCCAUACGCAUGUGGUUCGAUGUUGUCAUUUGGUCCGUGCUAGUAAAGAUUUGGCUCAAACUUCUUAUUUUAUGGCUAGCAACAGUCUUCAUCUAACGACAAUGUGCCUGCAGUAUAAACCCACAGUAGUGGCGUGUUUUUGUAUUCAUUUAGUGUGUAAAUGGUCUAAUUGGGAAAUUCCUUUAUCAAAUGAACGGAGAGAAUGGUUUUCUUACGUAGAUCCAACAGUUACGUCAGAUUUAUUGAAAAAUUUAACCGAAGAAUUUCUUACGAUAUUUGAAAAAUGUCCGUCAAGACUGAAAGAAAAAAUUAUGUCUAUUGGCGGUUAUUUUGAGGGUGAAAGAAGAUUAGGAAUGUUAACGGACGCUAAAGAUCAAUCUCAUCACAGACCUUAUGACUCAAUAAAACCAGGAACAACUGACGAUCCUCAUAAACACAGACCAAAACCUCACGAUGCGAGUUCGUCGAGCGGAAGUGGUGGUCAACAUCAACAAGAUCGUGAAUAUCGCGAUAAAAGAGAAGCGGAGCGAAUGGCGAGACACGCUUCCGCAAAACAAGCUUCCUCCGGAAGUUCCUUGAGUAAACCUCUCGUGCCUUCAGGCCAUCAUCGUCCCCCCGUUGAUCCAAAUAAAAUGAAACAUAAUCGUCCACCUUCUUCCGGUCAUUCUUUUAGCGGUAGUAAUAGUUCAUCUUCAUCUAACCGACCUGAUCAACAUAGAGAUAUUUUAAGAGAGGCGACGCGAGAUAUUGGUUUAAAGGAGUAUCAUAGUGUUGGAAAUAGCAGAGAAAUGAGGAACGAGAAAGAUAUCCAAAAAAGAGAUAGCAUGUUAAAACCUAACGUUUCUGUUGAAGGUAGUGUUUAUAUGGAUCGGUCGAGUUACGCCCCAACAAAACCUAGACCUUCCACGGAUCCCAAUAAAAUGCCUCAUAGACACGAAGAAUCUAAGAUGUUUUUGAAAAAUGAGAACGAAAUUAAAAAGCAUUUAAAUUCAUCGUCGAAUGUCUACGAAAAAAUUCCUUAUUUAAAUAAACCACCCGCUAUGCAACGUAAUAAACCAACGGAAAACGUUUUUGAUCCUACAAAAUCCGUCCAAAAGCAACAACAACCCAUCAAGAUGGAAACCCCAAACGGACAAAGCAAUAUUACUUCAGUUUUUUCCGUUCCUAUUUUACUCGACGAAAAUCAAAUAAAGACAGAUAAUAAAACGGAAAUUAUUCCUCCAGCGGUUAUAAAGCGACCGAGUUUAUUUUCACCGGAAAAAUCACCCCCACCACCUCCUCCGGUUAUUAUCAAAAAAGAAAAGCAUUCGCCGAUUAAUCCGAUAAUGAAUAAAUUAUCACUUGAUGUUCCUCAAACGUUAUCUAAUCUGUUGGUUCCACCUCUAUCUCCAUUUAACUCACCGGAUGGUGAGAAGCAAUCGGACAUGUUACGCCAAACGAUUGUGCAUCAACCAAAAUUAGAACAAAGCGAAGGGUUUGAGAAUAUACUCAGGGAUUCGGGGAUAAAAGCACCGCCUAAUAAGCACCAAGUACCCGACAUUAUAACUCCAAUCGCCGAUGUCAAGACUGUUCCUCAACCUAAAGAAAUCACUAAAGAAUUAAAACCGCCAGAUCUGAUUCCACCAUUUACAAUAAAUAAUGUAGUGAAUCCAAGCGCACCUCUUCUCUCUCAACCUUUAGUUAAUGGUAUUGAAACAAAUCCCACGUUAAUAAGCAAUUUAUUAAAGGAAACUGCCUCGACCGUAACGCAUUUACCCACAAUUUCCCCCCCAUCUGAUAAAAACGAUAGUUCUAAAGACAACAAAGAUCAUCAUCAUAAAGAACGUAAAAAGAAAAAUAAGGAAAAACAUAAACACAAAGAUAAAGAUCGAAGUAAAGAUGAUAAAGAGAAAAAGAAGAAGCAUAAAGAUAAAGAGAAAGACAAACAUAAAAAUAAAGAAAAAGCCAAAGUGGAGGAACGGAUUAAAAUUACAAUAUCGAAAGAUAAAAUUCAACCUCCUGACGCAACGGCAUGUGGUGGAUCCAUUAAAAUCAAAAUCCCUAAAGAUCGAAUUAAAACGGAUGUUAUUCUUGAACAACCCGCACAACCACCACCACCACCCCCAUCGACGGCGACGCAUGGUGCUGGAGGGCUAAAAAUUAAAAUAUCCAAAGAUGUCAUCAAUCAUUUUAGUGGGAAUGACAACAAGAAAAGAGAACGUGAAAGGACUUCGCCAUCGGAUGCGCCACCAAAUAAAUUAUCAAAAUCGAGCUACAAUCGAACAAGUGAUCCGAAAAUGAAUGGAAGAAAUUCUUUUGGAAAGGUGGCGCAACACGGUGAUGGCGAAGCAUCCAUGCACAGGUUGGCGGAAUCUAAAUAUAUCAACAAAGGGGCAGCUAAUUUAUAAAUUAAAUAAGCUUUAUUAUUUUUUCUAUUUCUUAUUUAAUUAUUAUUGCGAUUUAAAGUAAUAGAUCUCGUAUAAACGCCUCUUUUUUUAUAUAGGGUGAUUAAAAAACAUUAAUUCAAAUUAUUAAUCAUGAAAAUAUUUACUUCUUCAACAAUAUAGGGUGUUAUAUUCAUUUUUAAAUGUAGUUAAGAACAUAAAAGUUGACGAUUUCACUUAAAUUUUAGCAUAUUAAUAAAUCCAGGAAUACAGUUUAUUUAUUAUGUUUAUUUUGACAAUUGUAUGGAGUUAGAUAGGGAUCCAAAAUGAUAAAUGCCACUUUAAUUUGAAAUGUUUAAUCUCGGUUUUAAUUAUAAUACUGAAGAUAAUUUUCUAAAUUACUUAGGAACAUCUCCUAAAAUAUGUUGUAUCUUCAAACUAAUUCUUUCUAAGUUUACCUAUAGUAACAGAUUUAUAAGUUUAUAGGUAAUACAUUGUACUGACUCCUGCAAGAUACAACAAGCUAAAAAGUUUUUCUAUUUUGGAGAAAUAGAAAAUAAAAUUUGUAUUGUUGCAAUAUUCCUCAAUCUUUGUAAAAUUGCGCUUGUUUAUUUUAUUGUUAGGUUUUUCAAUCCUAUUCUUUUAGUACUGUUUAUACUUACAUUAACAUCAUCAAAAAAUAUUAGUUAUUUGUAUUGUGUUACAACAUUUGUAUCUUUAUUAGCCAUGUGGGCUUCUUUCGGGUUGUUAGUCACUUAUUCACUUGAUGAUUAGGUUGGUACCCACUCAUAUUGGGUUACAAGUUAGAUAAUAGUCUGGGCAAUGUAGGGUAAACAUAUUUUAUAUGGUAAUUUUGACGAAAACUUAUUGAUAAUCGUAUAUAAAAUAUUUAUAGAUGGAAAUUUAACGUAGAUGCUCAUAUUUUGAAAAUUUUAACUCAUUUUUAUUGUUAACCUCAGUUAAUUGUAUUUAAAUUACGAAUUUGGAUCAGUAUCCACAACGAAUUGUUAAAAUAAACGUAAUAAGUGAACAAAAUUGAAAUUGAAUCUACAAAUCGUUAAAAAAGCAUACGAAAAAGCUUUUAAUACAUCUAAGUUUGAUAACAUUAAAAUAGUGCACCAUUAUCAUCAGAACUUUACAUCAUUGAACUUUACGCAUUCUCUCAGUAAAAUGAUUCUGGAACAUUUUCGACACAAAUAUACAUUUUUUUACAUAUUAUAAAUUAGAUUCUUGAGUAAAUAUGUUUUUGUAGCAGAUAUGGAUCAUUACUUCUAACAAACAUCAUCUCAGAAUGUAUGGAUUUUCUUCAUUAUAUUGUCUUCCAACUAUUUGUUUUGUUAUUGUUUUCCAACCGUGAACUUCCAUAUACACUGAAUAUGGAACAUGAUUGAUACUAAACAUGAUUUGUAACUAGAUCUGCACAACUUUGAGACUGUCUAAUUUUUUUAUGUACCAUUUUGAUCUUCGAUAGAAUGUUAUGGUAACAUUUUUUUUAAUACUCGUUUAUGAGUAUUAGUAUGAACAUUUGAAGCUUAUAAAGGUUUGGUUUGAAAUCUCUACAAAUGUAGAUAUUGUGUUUGGCACAUCUGCAUCAUUCUAACAUUUUACUUAGUAGUUGGUUACAUAUCAUAUCUUUUAUUCUAUACAUUGAUGAAAAAAAAUGUCUAAAUUUUCUGCACAAUAAAAGCAAUGUGCUUGGUUAAUAAAUGAAAUAUCUGUUUGAAUAGGGACCAUUUAUUUGGAAAUCUUUCCUUUCUGCCAACAUUUUCCAUGUAUAGUACAAAUCAUUGCUGGUGCCAUAUCACCAUAUAGAUUCUCUCUUUAUAUCUUUUUGUCGGUAGGCUUGAAUUUGAUACUUCUUAAAUAGAGUUUUUGAAUACAUCUUUUCUGUACGUAUUUUUUAUACAUAAGUAAAAGCGUAGUAUCUUUCCUAAUAAGAGCCUCACAUAAUAGAAUAGAGCCUCAUAUAUUGUUCUAGGAUAACCACAACAUAUAUUUUUGGUAAAAAUUGUUGUAAAACUUUCAUAGUCCCAUUAAUCCUAUAACUAGUUUUAGACAAAAAACAUUCUAUUUUAUAUGUUCAGUUUUACUCAACUUAAUGUAAAAAUGAGUUAUUAUAUAAUAACCUGUUGAUGGCUUAGUAAGUUGAGUAAUAAUAAGCAAAUUUUUUUAAUAAUAUAUAAACUUUUUGUUUUUUAAUCACCCUGUAUAUAAGAAAUUACAAGAUAUCUCAAAUCUAAAACCUAUAAAAAUAAUCACGAUAUAAUAUAAAUAGUGUUCAUUUGUUAAUUAUUGAA